UCUAUUUAUUUAUCUUUUCUUCUGUUCUCUUAUAGGCAACAAAUACAGCCUCUUCUAGGAUUGUUUAGUCAAGCAGAAGCCUUAUUAACAUCUUCUGGAGUACAGCCAGCGAGUUUAAAUGGUGUUCUUUUGGAUGCCGGUUGCUCUUCUUUGCAGUUUGAUACUCCAGAAAGAGGUUUUUCCUUAAAAAAGGAUGGCCCAUUGGACAUGAGGAUGGAUGGUGGCAGGUAUCCUGACAUGCCCACUGCUGCUGAUGUUGUGAAUGCUUUAGAUCAACAGGCACUUGCGUCCAUCCUGAAAACAUAUGGGGAGGAGAAGCAUGCCAAGAAAAUAGCUUCAACAAUUGUUCAGGCACGCAGCAUCUAUCCCAUCAUCAGAACUCGGCAGCUUGCCAGCAUUAUUGCAGGUGCUUUUCCAGAAACAAUUUUGUAUGCUCGAAAAGACAAGCUUUCAAGACCAGCACAUAUAGCUACCAAAACUUUUCAAGCCUUGCGCAUAUUUGUCAACAAUGAGCUACAUGAACUCUAUGAAGGUUUAAAGGCAGCUGAACAUUUUCUAAAACCUGGGGGAAGACUUGUAGCAAUUACUUUCCAUUCUUUAGAAGAUCGUAUUGUCAAACGAUUUCUGCAUGGGAUAGAUAUUUCAGAAAAGUUCAACCUCAGUGUAAACCAGAAGAUCAAGAGAGCAAGAAAGGAUUUGUUAGAAGAGGAGGAGGAAUUGCUCACUAUAAAUUGUGGUUCAAAAUGGAAACCUAUAGAGAGGAAAGUACUUACUCCCCAGGCUACUGAAAUUAAAAAGAAUCCCAGAGGACGCUCAGCAAAGCUAAGAGGAGCUAUCAAGUUAUGAACUUAUUUUUUACAUUUUUUUCAUACAAUGUAUUUAUGAUCCUUUACAUUAAAGAUGAAAACACAGACAUGUCUUCUUUGCUUU